GCAGUAUUUGUGAGCUGGUGCAGAAGCUUCUGGGAUUGUGGACUAGUGGCACUAGAUGAUGUAUCAGUGGCUUUAGGAAGCUGUCAAGUUACUGAUACACUGCCUGCUUUUCCUGGAGAAUGUACUUUUGAACAAAAUGAGUGUGGAUUUACUCAGCAAAAGAGAAAUCGAGGUGGCUGGCAUAGAAGAAGAGGUCAGACUCCUACAUCUUACACAGGACCAAAAGCAGACCACACUACUGGGGUAGGAUCCUAUAUGUACAUUGAAGCAUCUCACAUGAUCUAUGGACAGAAAGCACGGCUUAUUUCAAGAUUACUACGACGAACUUUUGGAUAUCAGUGUCUUGUAUUUUUUUAUCACAUGUACGGAGCUGGUACAGGUCUGCUAAAUGUUUAUAUAAAAAAACAUGGUGCAAAAGAUGAGACUCUCAUCUGGAAAAGGAGAGGUGAACAAAGCAUCACAUGGUUAAGAGGCCUAAUACAAUACACAUGUGAUAAAUCGCACCAGAUUAUAUUUGAAGCAAUUCGGGGAUUGUCAGUAAGGAGUGACAUUGCUAUAGAUGACAUUUUAUUUCAAAGAGGACCUUGUAAAGAAAUGGAAGAAACCACACUACAAUCCUCUGGCUAUUCUGCUGAUUUUAAUGAAAUUGAAUACUGAGCUCUGCAGAAGCAGAUGAAGCACCAGCUUGCUUAUCUACAGAGAAACUGCACAGCUGCCUCCAUCCCUCAAUUUUAAAUACUGGACAUAAGGACGCAAAGGCACAGGAAGCAACAAAGUAUUGAUCCUAGCCUUACCAGUAAAGUUACAGACUCAGGGCUUCCUUCACAUUGUUUUUAUUGUAUUUUACCUUGCAUGUGACAUCAGUUAUUCUAGAAAUGUAUCAGUUUUGCACAGGUUGUUCACUACAUGUUUUUGAUAAUUUUGGGGGCACAUAAUUACAGAAAGUAAAAUGGACACAAUCAUUCAUUGUGUUAACCAAGUCUGCAUUCAGUGAAUGUCUUGUCUGGAGCAAUUAAUGGAUACCGUUUAGUAUUUUGAAAUAAUGAAAUAUUAUUGAAUACUUGCAUUCUGUUGGGUAACUGAAGCUUUUUCAGAUGAUAUUUAAGAAAACAAAUCUCUUGGGGAAUCUUCUGGUAGGAACUACAUUAAGUACCCCCCCUUUUUUUCCUUAAUAACCAGCAAUUAUUGAAAAUGAAUCCACUUGUCUUCCCUUAAAUUAACAGAUGGAACUAUAAAAAUAAUGUAAUGACCAGCAAACCUUGCAGGAAACUGCUUAAAUGCGGUUAAUUUUUUUAGUAUUUAUUAGGGUUCAAGAGACUUGCAUAGGUAUUAUAUAUAUGCUGUCAGAAAUAGAUGCCACACACUUUAUUGUUAACAUCUGUGUAAAUACGUACUGGUGUGUAUUUUGUAUAUUACGUGUGUGCAUGUUUUUCUACAA